CAUGAGCCUCGAUGCGCGCUUCACACAAAUCAUCCUCGAUUACUCGUCGACACACGCUUCGAAGCCUCGACACGGGAGGACACAUAACUAGGUGACGCUGCCCGGACCGGGUUUCAUUCAUUGAGGCCCAGUGCACGUAAACACAAGAAUAACACGAAUAAAGAGGUGCGUUUGUUUCUGGUGAAACACGGAGCGCGGUCGGGCGUUGCAGGGACUCCAGCGUUAGCAUUAGCCAAACGGCCGCGUUCACUCGAAGCCAACAGCUAUUUCGCUGGUGUAUACGAAGAGUGAUGGCGUCGCACACGGCAGAUAAAAUUAAUUUCACUUGCCCGGAGUAGGGGUGGAAGCAGCGGAAACCCGGCUGCACCUGCGUGUUCUCCGGUAUCGGCUAGCUAGCUCCUUAGCUAAACCCGCUAGUGCUAGCUGUUAGACGCUAACUGAAACGCUGGGGGUUUCUCAUUGCUUUGGAGCAGGACCCUGUUGAUCCUCAGUGCAGCCUGAUCGUGCCACCACACAGAGUCAGGGGCUGCUCGUCUUCACAGAGCUCUGAGACGAGGAAGAAGAGGAGCUCCUAAAGGGCCUCCUCAGUGACAACUACUGCCACGUGUGUGAGGCUGUGCUGCUAUUUGAAUCUCAGCGACUGUCCCACUACAAGUGGACCAUGCCUACUGAUAAGGACCGUUUCUGUGAGCUGUGUAGCAUGGUGUUUAGUUCCCACCUGUCGGCAAAAUCUCACUAUGAAGGAAAAAUCCAUGCAAAAAAUCUGCGAAAACAAGGUCUCCAGCCCCCAGGAAAGUUCCUGCCCAAGUACACAGACGUGUGUAAUUUACCAAGGCUGACUGACGAUGCUGAAAAUGCUGAUCACAAGUCACCCCCAGAGGGGGGUGUGGAGCAUCAUGAGACCCAGGCAGCCACCACGACUACCCCCAGCACAGAGGUUGAUCUGAAGGACCCGAACAGGUACUGCCCUUUGUGUGCAGCUUCCUUCAACAACCGUCAAAUGGCUCUGCAGCACUACAAUGGACGCAAACACCAGAGAAAUCAGGCCAAACAGGAGCUGAUCAAAGAGCUGGGAGACGAUGUCCAACAAGCCAACUCCCUGAUGUGUCAGACAUGUAGUCUGCAGUUUAACUCUGUGGAGAUGUAUCAAGCACACGUUCAUGGAAACAAGCACCAGUUUAGGGAGAAGAAGGUCACCGACCUGUGCAAAUCCCAACAGAAAGUCUACGGCACGUUUGCAGAUGAGCUGGCGGAUUACGUUCAGGCUCAGAGAGCUCGUGGAAUUACUCCCAAGUCAGGUCAAGUCCAACAUCUGGGUGACACACAAAUGGAGGAUGAGGAAAAAGAAGAGGGAGUAAAGGUAGCGUUUGAUAAGAGACAUAUCAUAGAACUAAAUAAACCUAUGCCCAGCCUUACUACCACCUCUGACCCUCGUCAUUCACGCCCUAGUAGUUGCUACCCAGCUGAAGGGCGGCAUCCUCCAAAUCAGGGCCCUCCCUGGCCUCCUCACAGCUGGGACUACAACUUCCCUCCUCCAGUCCUCCCAGGCGGUCCACAGUUAACCAGUCGGCCCAUGAAAAGAAGGAGACCCAGAAAAACGUCCAGCUCCUCCUCGUUCACUGCGUCAUCAUCUUCCUCUUCCUCCUAUUCCUCUUCUGAUAGAAGCAGCAUGAGUGACAGUGAUGACAGCAAAUACAAGCGGAGAGAAAAACGGAGGAUUAGAAGAUCCAAGAAGGAGAGAGGGCGGAGAGCAAGAGAUGAGGAGUUCGACAAAGAAGAGAGGCAGGGAAAAUCGCAGAGGAAGGAACGAGACGAUGAUGAAUUUAUGAGGAAACAGGAGGAAUCUGGAGAGUGGGAGCAAGAGAGGAGGGGGAAAAAGCUAAAGAAACAUGGCAAGAGGAGACGAAAAGACAAAAAAAACCUGGAUGUGAACUUUGAGGGGGAGGGAGGAGAUGGGGCGAUGACCAAUGCAAAUCCAGAAGAGAUGGACAAUACAAAAUACACUGAAGUGCAUAUUCAGGCUGAAAUUAAUGUUGAAGAGGAGGAGGGGGAGCAGGAUGAAUCGGCCAAACCCAAAUACAGGAAAGAGAAGAAGAAAAAUAAAGAGAGAGAAGAUACUAGGACGGAAGAGGAGAAGCUAUGGGAUGUCUCCAUCUUGGGCUGUUAGAGCAGGAUUUUGAAAAAGUAUAAAUGCAUUUAUUAAACUCAUGUUGACAACAGUUAACAAAGGGUUAAUGUCACCAUCUGCAGGGGAAGUGUUCUCCAUAGCUGUGUUAACUUAUACACACAAAAUAAUUGUUGUGUCAUUGUGUUUGGAGGGUUUACGUUACACAUAGCUCAGCUGUGAUAACUUUGUUUUUUCACUAUGGCACUUAUUAAAAUAUUUCAGUAAAUCAAUGUGCACAGUCAACCUCAGAUAAUGUCUGUCAUGUUUAUAAACUCUUAUUUUCUUGCCUA